AAGUGGAGCCUUGCAUCCAGUACGUAAUUUCUUAGCACUGCAUAUAAUUAAGCUGAAAGACCGUCCAGCUAGCCGGCGGCGAUCGGAAUUUGGAAGUGAAGAUGAGCGGAGAGGGGAAGGCCGUAUGCGUGACUGGUGGCUCGGGCUUCAUAGCUUCUUGGCUCGUCAAGCACUUGCUCCUCCGCGGUUACACAGUCCACUCCACCGUUCUCAACCUCAGAGAUCCAAAUCAGGUGGCACAUCUUCUUGCAUUUGAUGGGUCAAAUGAAAGGCUGCAUUUGUUUGAAGCUGACUUGCUUGAAGAAAACUCUUUUGAUCCUGCAAUCAAGGGUUGUGAUGGUGUUUUUCACACAGCAUCACCUGUUACUUUUUCACCAUUGGCUACUAAGGCAGAACUAGUGGAUCCUGCAGUAAAAGGGACACUAAAUGUUCUUGGAUCAUGUGUGAGAACACCUUCGGUAAAAAGGGUAGUGGUGACAUCCUCAACAGCUUCAAUUUUGAUCAAAGAAAACCCAAUAAGUCCAGAUGAUGUGGUUGAUGAAACUUGGUUUUCAGAUAAAGAAUAUGUUGAGGAAAACAAGCAAUGGUAUAUCUUGUCUAAAAUCCUUGCUGAGGAAGCUGCAUGGAAAUAUGCAAAGGAGAAAGGGAUUGACAUUGUCACAUUGCACCCUUGUUGGGUAAUUGGCCCUAUGUUACAACCGAGACUUAGUUUAAUUAAUCAGUUGAUUCUCGACCUCAUAAAAGAAGGAGUGGAAUUUUCACCAGCUGGAAACUAUAGAUUUAUUGAUGUUAGAGAUGUUGCAAAUGCUCAUAUACAUGCAUUUGAGCUACCUUCUGCAAGUGGAAGAUAUUGUUUGAUUGGGGUAACAGUGCACUCUUCCAAGGCUUUGAAGAUUAUAGGCAAGCUUUACCCUUCUCUUGCCCUUCCUGACAAAUAUAAAGAAGAUUUGCUUAUAGCACCAAGCUACCAAGUAUCACAAGAAAAGGCAAAACAGUUGGGCAUCACCUUGACCUCUUUGGAAGUGAGCCUUAGGGACACUGUUGAAAGUUUAAAAGAUAAAAACUUCCUCAACUUCUAAGAGCAUUGGCACAAUGGAAAUAUUAAGAGUUAAUACCAUCUAAGAUCCUCCGAGUAUAGUGGUUUAGUCACAUUUAAUCUUAAACUUUUAAAUUACAAAUUGUUAUUAUCUGUGAUCUAAGUUAACCACUUAAGGUCCUUAAACUAUCAAAUUUUAAUCACACAUGGUCACUAUCAAAUUUUAACCACUCAUGGUCCUUACAAGAUGACCGUGGAUGGUUAAAUUUUAAAAAUUGAAGGACAAUGGGUGGUAAACUUAGACCACAAAUGGUAACAAUUUGAAAGUCAAAGGACCACAAGUACUAAUUUGAAAAUUUAGAACUAAACGUGGCUAAAUCACUAUACUCGAAGGACGCCAUAUGGCAUUAACUCAAAAUAUUAAAUCUUCAACUCAGCCUUCCUCGUCCACUCACAAUCCUUAUAUCAUAGACAGGGAUUCACAGUGCACUGUGGACCCUGGUACAUGAGUAUGUGUCUUAUAUUGUGAAUUUUUGUGUCUUAUAUUUUGAAAUUAUGUACUUUAAGAGUAUGAAUACCUAAAAUCAA